UGGUUGUUCUCCUCUACGCCUCCAUCCACAGGAUCGAGGAGGGACACCUUGCUGUGUACUACAGCGUGUUAAACUUUUUUGCCUUCCAUAAAUUGCAACAUCAAUGGCAUGGAGGUGGAUUCUUUAAGACUAUACCAGGGGAGUCUUAAGUUCUGAUAACCCUUACAAGGUCAGAAAGAUGUUGAGUUGACCAGCCCAUCAACAACUUAUGCAUACUAUCUGAUGGCGAGCCUAGCUGAGUGUGGAAAGGCUUCUCACCAGAAAGUUGACAACCAGGGGAGGAGCUUUACUUACUAGCCCCAGUGGACCAGGCUAUCAUAUUAUGUUGCCUUUUAUUACCACCUACAGAUCUGUUCAGACAACACUACAAACUGACGAAGUUAAGAAUGUGCCCUGUGGAACAAGUGGUGGGGUCAUGAUCUAUAUCGACCGAAUAGAAGUUGUUAAUAUGUUGGCUCCUUUUGCAGUAUUUGAUAUUGUGAGGAACUACACUGCAGAUUAUGAUAAGACUUUAAUCUUCAAUAAAAUACAUCAUGAAUUGAACCAGUUUUGCAGUGCCCACACUCUUCAGGAAGUUUACAUUGAAUUGUUUGAUCAGAUAGAUGAAAACUUGAAGCAGGCCCUACAGAAAGAUCUGAACGUCAUGGCACCUGGUCUCACUAUACAGGCUGUGCGUGUUACAAAACCCAAAAUUCCAGAAGCCAUAAGAAGAAAUUUUGAGCUAAUGGAAGCUGAGAAGACCAAACUCCUUAUAGCUGCACAGAAGCAAAAGGUGGUGGAGAAAGAAGCAGAAACAGAGAGGAAAAAGGCUAUUAUCGAGGCAGAGAAAACCGCACAGGUGGCAAAAAUCCGAUUUCAGCAAAAGGUGAUGGAGAAAGAAACCGAGAAACGCAUUUCUGAAAUUGAAGAUGCUGCAUUCCUGGCCCGAGAGAAGGCAAGAGCAGACGCAGAAUACUACACUGCACACAAACAUGCCACUUCAAACAAGCUCAAACUAACGCCAGAAUAUCUGGAGCUUAAAAAGUACCAAGCCAUUGCUGCAAACAGUAAGAUCUACUUUGGCAGCAGCAUCCCUAGCAUAUUCAUGGACUCGUCUUGUGCUUUCAAAUAUCCAGAUGCCAGGACUGGGAGAGAAAUCUCUCUCCUCUCUAAGGAGGCCCCAGAGCCCUCUGAGAAAAGCCCCAUUGGAAACAAAGCAAGCACAGGUUGAUGUAAGAGCUGGAAAAACUUGUCUGUAUCAAGAUAUGGCAGU